AUGCAGGGUGCCCCUGGAGGAGGCGUGGGCCCUGGCCCGUCCCCUGUGGACAGGUGGACGCUCCUGGUCUUCAGCUUUAUUCUGGCAGCAGCUUUGGGCCAAAUGAAUUUCACAGGAGACCAGGUUCUUCGAGUCCUGGCUAAAAAUGAGAAGCAGCUUUCAGUUCUCAGGGAUCUGGAGGGCCUGAAGCCCCAGAAGGUGGACUUCUGGCGUAGCCCAGCCAGGCCCAGCCUCCCUGUGGAUAUGAGAGUUCCUUUCUCGGAACUGAAAGACAUCAAAGCUUACCUGGAGUCUCACGGCCUCGCUUACAGCAUCAUGAUAAAGGACAUCCAGGUGCUGCUGGAUGAGGAGAGAGAAGCCAUGGCAAAGUCCCGCCGGCUGGAGCGCAGCACCAGUAGCUUCAGCUACUCCUCUUACCACACCCUGGAGGAGAUAUAUAGCUGGAUGGACAACUUUGUAACUGAGUAUUCAGAUAUUGUCUCAAAAAUUCGGAUUGGCCACAGCUUUGAAAAUCGGUCCAUUCUUGUCCUGAAGUUCAGCACUGGAGGUUCUCAGCGCCGGGCCAUCUGGAUCGACACUGGAAUCCACUCCCGGGAGUGGAUCACCCACGCCACUGGCAUCUGGACUGCCAAGAAGAUUGUCAGUGAAUAUGGCAAAGACAGCACCCUGACAAACAUACUGGACGCCAUGGACAUCUUCAUGGAGAUUGUCACCAACCCUGAUGGCUUUGCAUUUACCCACAGCAUGAACCGCCUGUGGCGGAAGAACAAGUCCACCAGACCUGGAAUCUUCUGCAUUGGCGUGGAUCUUAACAGGAAUUGGAAGUCAGGCUUUGGAGGAAAUGGUUCUAAUGACAACCCCUGCUCAGAGACUUAUCGUGGGCCCUCCCCUCAGUCGGAGCCAGAGGUGGCGGCCAUUGUGGACUUCAUCACUGCCCAUGGGAACAUCAAGGCUCUGAUCUCCAUUCACAGCUACUCUCAGAUGCUCAUGUACCCUUAUGGCCACUCACUGGAGCCGGUUCCAAACCAGAAGGAGUUGUACAGUCUUGCCAAGGACGCAGCGCAGGCCCUGUAUGAGGUCCACGGGAUCGAGUACAUUUGUGGCAGCAUCAGCAGCACCCUCUAUGUGGCCAGCGGGAUCACUGUCGACUGGGCCUAUGACAGUGGCAUCAAGUACUCCUUCACCUUCGAGCUCCGGGACACGGGGCGCUAUGGCUUCCUGCUGCCGGCCUCCCAGAUCGUCCCCACGGCCCAUGAGACGUGGCUGGCGCUUCGCGCCAUCAUGCAGCACACCCUCAAUCACCCCUACUAGCAACACCAUCAGGGCAGAGCAGGAGCAUUCAUUCCCUUCCCCAAGGCCUGGG